CCACUAUACAUUUUAGAUUCAUUUUAACAAUGACGAAGGUAGUACUAUAUAUAUAUAUAUAUAUACCAUAAACAAACACAAGCACAUUCAUCAUCUUUCAAAAGAGUUUAAAAUCAAUCCACAUUAUCCCCAAAAUGCAUGUUAAAGCCUCUUCUCUAACCAUCUUUAAGGUGAGAAAAAUGGUUGGAAUGUUAUGUGGAAUGAUAAUAGUGCUUGUGGGAAUAAUGAAUACAAGAGAAGUAGAAGGCAGAAAAUCAAGAAUUUCAAAUUAUGGAGAGUAUUCUGCAAUAAACUGCAGAGCUCACACUGCAUCGAUCACUGAUUUUGGUGGUGUGGGUGAUGGUACAACUUCUAAUACUAAGCCUUUUCAGACAGCCGUUGAUCAUCUCAGUCAAUAUGGAUCUGACGGCGGAGCUAUGCUCUUAGUUCCUCCUGGAAAAUGGUUAACUGGGAGUUUUAAUCUUACUAGCCAUUUUACUCUUUUCCUUCACAAAGAUGCUGUUCUUUUAGCCUCCCAGGACAUGAAUGAGUUCCCUUUGAUCCCGCCCUUGCCGUCGUACGGUCGAGGAAGGGAUGCUCCUGGUGGUAGAUAUGCCAGCCUAAUUACUGGUUCCAACCUCACAGAUGUCAUUAUUACAGGAGAAAAUGGAACAAUUGAUGGUCAAGGAGAAAUGUGGUGGCAGAAAUUUCACCAUGGACAGUUAAAACACACAAGGCCUUACUUGAUAGAGCUUAUGUAUUCAGACAGUAUUCAAAUUUCCCACUUGACACUCAUUAAUUCUCCUUCAUGGAAUAUUCAUCCUAUUUACAGCAGCAACAUACUUAUACAAGGCAUCACUAUCAGUGCUCCUGUUAACUCUCCUAACACUGAUGGAAUUAACCCAGAUUCCUGCACGAACACCAGAAUAGAGGACUGCUACAUUGUUUCUGGAGAUGAUUGUGUGGCUGUCAAGAGUGGAUGGGACGAGUACGGUAUCUCCUACGGAAUGCCCACCAAGCAACUAGUAAUCCGUCGUUUGACAUGCAUUUCUCCAACGAGUGCAGUGAUCGCUUUAGGAAGUGAGAUGUCGGGUGGAAUACAAGAUGUCAGGGCAGAGGACAUAACAGCUAUCAAUUCAGAAUCGGGAGUCAGAAUCAAGACAGGAGCAGGAAGAGGAGGAUAUGUGAAGGACAUAUAUGUAAAAGGGUUUACAAUGCACACCAUGAAAUGGGCAUUUUGGAUGACAGGAAAUUACGGUUCUCAUCCUGAUGAUAAAUAUGAUCCUAAUGCUCUUCCUACUAUAAAAAACAUCAAUUACAGAGAUAUGGUCGCGGAUGAUGUGAAAAUGGCAGCAAGAUUAGAAGGAAUUUCUGGUGAUCCUUUCACUGAAAUCUGUAUUUCUAAUGUGACUAUUUCAUUGGCUGCUAAACCAAAGAAAAUUCAAUGGACGUGCACUGAUGUUGCUGGGAUUUCGAGUGGUGUUACGCCUAAACCUUGUGACGCAAUAGCCGAUCAAGGACCAUAUAACAACAUAGAAUGUGAGUUUCCUACAGAUCCCUUGCCUAUCGACGAUAUCCAAGUUCAAACAUGUUCAUACCAAAGAAUGUAUCCUUGAUAGAUAACAUCAUAAUCUAUGUGAACUGCUGUAUUUUACCAUUGGGAAUUGCAAGAAUUGUACAAGAUUCAUGAAAUGAUGUAUACAGUUUCCAGUAUAUUUUAUUUCAUUGUCAAGGAACGUCUGUACUAGCUAAUGAUAUCAAAUACACAGCUAAAGAAAUAAUACACUCCCUACUACUACAAAAAUUCACAC